AGCUAACACUGCGAGACAGGGACCUUCUCGUGCAUUCCUGCCACAACUCCAAAUGAGGGACUCGUAAAUGUAUUGAAGUAAUGAAUUAUGCCAUUCGAAAGUUUGAAUCCGGAUGCGAAGAAGUUCCUGAGGCACAAAGCUGUUAGCGUGGAGGAGAUAGGGCUUCAAAAGGGAACCGACCGCGUAAGUGACUAGUGAUUCCUAUUCCAAACAAUAAUGCAUGGAUGUCUUCCAAAUGGCGAGUCUGUUCAAACUGCCUAUCAUUGAUAGCUCUUUUUCUUGUUCGACUCCAAUUCAAUAAGAAUCAAUAUCAGCAAAACUAUGAGCAUAUCCCGGGAAUUCGAGAAUGGCGGCUCAACCUCACCAGACUGUCACAGGUCUACAAUCUGUUCUUAGUCGCCUAUCUGGAUAAAUUAUAUGUAUACGAACCAAGCCACCCAAAUCAGGAAUUACCUGAAAGACCCUCAUUGAUAUUAUCGCCACCAAGAACAACUUUUGCGCAGUACGGCUACCUCGACCAGGAAUGUCCACACUCAAUCAAUCACCUGCUAGUCGACUUCUUCGGGGAGCAAGAGGUUGCUCUAAUCGCAUGCGACGAUGGAGAUGUUAUAGGUUAUUACGUAAACAAGAUUCAAGCUGGCAUUGACAGACGCCUUGAUGCUUACAGUCUCAACACCAUUUUUGGUGAUGAGAUCCACCCUUUUUUCAUGCAUAACGUACGAAUGAGCGCAUGGGGGUUGAGUGUACAUUCUCAAGCCCGGAAGAUCGCAGUAAGUUCUAACACCCACGAAGUCACUGUGAUCUCGUUCGGCUUAGUGGAACCUGGGUCUGGAGACUUGUAUCAUAGCGAGGAUCACAAGUUCGUGAUGACUGGAUACAAUAACAAUCUACCAACUGUCGCAUUCUGCAACACCGAGGAUGAUCCUCAGGGUCGAAUCUUGGUCAGUGGAGAGAUCACAGGCCUGAUAUAUCUGCACGAGUUGGGGACACGAGAAAAAAACGAGAUUAUGCAGAUCGGUUUCUGUCUCAAGACAAGUCCUGGCAAUCUUCGCUGCGACUGCACCGAUCAAAGUGCAUAUCCGCACUCAAUAUGGUGUGUGGCGUUCAUCGGUAGACACGCUUUCCGCAGGACUGCAGGUUACGCCCCAUAUAAACAGGGAAAACCAGAUUUCGACAAGUACUGGAACGGAUCAUUAAUGAAACAUUGCGUCCCGAACUCCAACAGUAAGUGGCUAUAUAUGAUAUCGUAACGUAAAGGCUUAGUAUUCACAUCCUUUCAAUUUCCUUCAGCAGUUUCUAAGUAUUUGCACGGGAAUGGAUUCUCAUUUAGCACAGGUAAAUAUGAGCUCAAACACGUGCGCGGAAGCUUCGAGACAGAAUUUUUGUCAAGCAGCAGCAGCAGCGACAACGAUGGCGAUGACAUCGGUGACGAUGGAAGUAUUUACGACGAUGAAGCACUAUCGGAUAUCUUGUCGACACACUCAACCGACCACUUUCAUUCAUCUCUCAAUACUAUGAUACAUCCAUGGCUGAUAAACGAGCAUUCGUCAAGAACUUCGAGGGAAAUUUACCAGUCGAGUAAAACAUUUCACUUUUCUCGAUGGCCAAGCUUGAGCCCGACUGAAGAAAGUGAUAGAAUUUGGGGAAAUAUUCCCUGCCCACUGCUCAUAGCUUCGAAGACUGAUAUUAAUCUUCUGCAACCAGAAGACGACGAUGGUUUUGUUAGCCCGAUCAUCACACUUGAGGAACCAUUGAAUCAAAAAUAUGACUUGGGGAACCCUGUAGAAGCACGGCCAUCAUUUACACAAGCUUCUGUCAACCGGAUGAGUCUAUUUCACGUUAUUGAUGAAUUGGGUGCACUCAUUGUGGGCUCUCCAAAUGGAAGGGUCGCCGUGUUUUCACUGCUUCGCACGUACGAUUGGGAGGCACGGCCAAAUGGGACGUACUUUAUGCGACUUGACUGGAUUCUCCCUUUUGCAUGUCAAGAAGAGGAUGGCACGCGACCAGAAAGAAAGCUCUUAGGUCUGGCUGCGAGUCCUUUGCAAGGUCAGUUAGGUCGAGUUCGGAUGGAGAUCCGAAGACGGUGGAGAUUGAUGCUAUAUUACGCUGACCAUUCGAUUCUGAGCUACGAGAUCAGUCUUUCUGAUUGAGAGAUACGUAAUUGACAUUUAGCAAUUAAUUCGACAAUGAUCGCCUAAAGUGAGGCAGAGACUCUGUCGGAACAUGUCCAGUUUAGAGUUAACCAUGGUCUAUGCUCCAACGGUGAUAUUGAAUGUCUGAAAAGUUAUGGCUGAGCGAGGCGUUGAGAAUGACUGGCCAGUCUCAUGAGAAAUAGACUUUCGAUUCCAGCAACGUCUGUGAUGUUUGCUCUAUUCCUAAAUGAUGGGUCAUGAUGAAGCCUUACUUA